GCCAGGCGACGGGAGCGUCUCUGAGUUUCCGGUGCUCGCCCACCGAGGAUUAGAUCCUGUUGCCUGUAGCGGGCCUGGACCAUAGCGGCCGUCCUCUCUGGGUUCUCACGAUGUUCUUCUACCUGACCAAGAAAAUUACUAUUCCCAAUAACGUGAGGCUGAGAUGUUUAUCCUGGAAUAAGGACCAAGGAUUCAUAGCAUGUGGUGGUGAAGAUGGAUUACUGAAAGUGCUGAGAUUAGAGACACAAACAGAUGAUACAAAAUUGAAGGGUCUUGCAGCUCCCAGUAACCUUUCCAUGAAUCAGGCUCUUGAAGGCCAUAGUGGUACUGUUCAAGUUGUAAUAUGGAAUGAACAGUAUCAGAAGUUGACUACCAGUGAUCAAAAUGGGCUUAUCAUUGUCUGGAUGUUUUAUAAAGGUUCUUGGUAUGAGGAGAUGAUCAACAAUCGCAAUAAGUCAGUGGUUCGAAGUAUGAGCUGGAAUGCUGAUGGGCAGAAGAUCUGCAUUGUGUAUGAAGAUGGUGCUGUGAUCGUUGGUUCAGUAGAUGGGAAUCGUAUUUGGGGGAAAGACCUGAAGGGUAUACAGCUGUGCCAUGUAGCCUGGUCUGCAGAUAGUAAAACCUUACUUUUUGGAAUGACAAAUGGGGAAAUACACAUUUAUGAUAAUCAAGGAAAUUUUAUAAUGAAAAUGAAACUGAAUUGUUUAGUGAAUGUCACUGGAGCCAUUAGCAUUGCUGGGAUUCAUUGGUACCAUGGCACAGAAGGCUAUGUGGAACCUGAUUGCCCCUGCCUUGCCAUUUGCUUUGACAAUGGGAGGUGCCAAAUAAUGAGACAUGAGAAUGACCAAAACCCGGUUUUGAUUGACACUGGCAUGAAUGCAGUAAGUAUCCAGUGGAAUCACAUUGGCAGUGUGUUAGCAGUAGCAGGAUCCCAGAAAGAAGUCACCCAGGAUAAAGAUGUCAACAUUGUUCAGUUUUACACUCCAUUUGGUGAGAAUCUAGGUACGUUGAAAGUUCCUGGAAAGCACAUGUGUGCAAUAUCUUGGGAAGGAGGUGGACUGAAAAUUGCACUAGCUGUUGACUGCUAUAUAUAUUUUGCAAAUAUUCGACCUGAUUAUAAGUGGGGCUAUUGCUCAAACACUGUGGUUUAUGCAUAUACCAGACCUGAUCGUCCUGAGUACUGUGUUGUCUUUUGGGACACGAAAAAUAAUGAGAAAUAUGUUAAAUAUGUGAAGAGUCUCAUUUCUAUCACCACCUGUGGUGAUUUCUGCAUUUUGGCUACCAAAGCUGAUGACAGUCACUCUCAGGAGGAGAAUGAAAUGGAGACAUUUGGUACAAUGUUCGUGCUAGUUCUUUGCAAUUCAAUUGGCACACCCUUGGAUCCCAAAUACAUUGAUAUUGUACCAUUAUUUGUGGCAAUGACCAAAACUCAUGUGAUAGCAGCUUCGAAGGAAGCAUUUUAUACCUGGCAGUAUCGUGUGGCAAAGAAACUCACUGCACUGGAAAUUAACCAGAUCACACGUUCUCGAAAAGAAGGAAGAGAAAGAGUUUAUCAUGUUGAUGAUUCUCCUUCUGGAUCUGUGGAUGGUGUGCUUGAUUAUAGUAAAGCCAUUCAGGGUACAAAGGAUCCAAUUUGUGCUAUAACUGCAUCUGAUAAGACAUUGAUUGUGGGUCGUGAAUCUGGCAUCAUUCAGAGAUACAGCCUUCCUAACGUCACUUUGAUCCAAAAAUAUUCCCUUAGCUGUCGAGCUCACCAGUUAUCCUUGAAUUGCAAUUCUAGUCGCCUUGCAAUCAUAGACAACUCAGGAGUCCUGGUUUUCUUUGACUUGGAUGCUCGGGUAACAGACAGUACAGGGCAGCAAGUAAUUGGUGAACUGUUAACACUGGAACGGAAAGAUGUCUGGGAUAUGAAAUGGGCCAAAGAUAAUCCUGAUUUGUUUGCCAUGAUGGAGAAGACAAGAAUGUAUGUCUUCAGAAACUUGGAUCCUGAGGAGCCCAUUCAGACCUCUGGAUAUAUAUGUAACUUUGAGGAUUUAGAAAUCAAAUCUGUUCUUUUGGAUGAGAUAUUAAAGAAUCCAGAACACCCCAGCAAGGAUUACAUAAUGAAUUUUGAGAUUCGGUCCCUGCGAGAUAGUCGAGCAUUGAUUGAGAAGGUUGGAAUUAAAGACGCAUCUCAGUUCAUAGAGGACAACCCACACCCCCGACUUUGGCGUCUGUUGGCUGAGGCAGCUCUUCAGAAGCUGGACUUGUACACUGCAGAGCAAGCAUUUGUACGCUGUAAAGAUUACCAAGGCAUCAAGUUUGUGAAGUUCCUGGGCAAUCUACAGAGUGAGUCCAUGAAGCAGGCCGAAGUUGUUGCAUACUUUGGCAGGUUUGAAGAGGCAGAAAGAAUGUACCUUGAUAUGGACAGAAGAGAUCUCGCCAUUGGCCUACGGCUGAAACUGGGGGAUUGGUUUAGAGUACUGCAGCUCCUGAAGACUGGGUCUGGUGAUGCAGAUGACAGUCUCCUUGAACAAGCCCACAAUGCCAUUGGAGACUACUUUGCUGAUCGCCAAAAGUGGUUGAAUGCUGUACAAUAUUAUGUAAAAGGCCGGAACCAAGAGCGCUUAGCUGAGUGUUACUAUAUGUUAGAAGAUUAUGAAGGAUUGGAGAACCUUGCCAAUUCACUUCCAGAAAACCACAAGUUGCUUCCAGAAAUAGCACAGAUGUUUGUGAGAGUUGGAAUGUGUGAACAAGCUGUGAGCGCAUUCUUGAAAUGUAACCAAGCAAAGGCAGCAGUGGACACCUGUGUGCACCUCAACCAAUGGAACAAAGCUGUUGAAUUGGCUAAAAGUCACAAUAUGAAAGAAAUUGGAUCUCUACUAGCUAGGUAUGCAACCCACUUAUUGGAAAAGAAUAAGACUCUGGAUGCCAUAGAGCUCUAUCGGAAAGCUAGUUAUUUUUUUGAUGCUGCUAAGCUGAUGUUUAAGAUUGCAGAUGAGGAGGCAAAGAAAAGAAGCAAACCUUUACGUGUGAAGAAGCUGUAUGUACUGUCAGCCUUACUCAUAGAGCAGUAUCAUGAGCAAAUGAAAAAUGCCCAACGAGGGAAAGUUAAAGGGAAGAAUUCAGAGGCCACUUCUGCUUUGGCUGGCUUACUAGAAGAGGAAGUUCUGUCUACAAGUAGUCGUUUCACAGAUAAUGCUUGGCGAGGAGCUGAGGCUUACCACUUCUUUCUCCUUGCCCAGAGACAGCUCUAUGAGGGAUAUGUGGACACUGCAUUAAAGACAGCUCUUCAUCUGAGAGACUAUGAAGACAUUAUUCCUGCUGUGGAGAUCUAUUCUUUGUUAGCACUCUGUGCUUGUGCCAGUAGAGCUUUUGGUACCUGCUCAAAAGCUUUUAUUAAACUUGAAUCUUUAGAGACCCUCAGUGCAGAACAGAGGCAGCAAUAUGAAGACCUUGCGUUAGAAAUCUUCACCAAACAUAUUCCAAAAGAUAACAGAAAGUCUGAGCUGAACAGCCUUCUUGAAGGUGGAGAAGGGAAACUGCCAACAUGCAUCGCCACAGGAAGCCCGAUCAUCGAAUAUCAAUUCUGGGUGUGCAAGGUGUGCAAGCACUACGUUCUAGCUCAGGAGAUCAGUAACUACAACUUCUGUCCUUUAUGCCAUAGUUCAGUAGAAUAAAAGAAGGAUAUAUGAUUUUCAAAUAUACGUACAAUAAAUACUUAUUUAUAGCUACAUGUAAAGCUUGAUUUCCAUAGUUCUAUAUAAAAAUCAGCUUCUUCACUGUUUAGUUAUAUUUUUAAAAAAUAUAUUAAGGUAAUAAAAUGGCUGAAAUAUAACUCAGUGAUAGAAUGCUUGCCUACCACAGCAAAGUUCUAGUUUCCACCGUUAGCAUACACAAAAAAUAAUUUACACAUAAACUAUGAAAUGGUAUAACUAACUUUAAUAUAACUUUAAUAUAAAAGUUAUGGAUAUA